AUGAGUAUCAAGACUGAUUUGGAAACAAACUUUCCUGAGUGUGUUUUAGACGCAGGAAAAGUCAUCCUUGGGAAUGAACAAAGGAAUAAAAUGGACCCUCAACUGCAGGAGAAACAGAAUAAAAUCAUCUUGUAUGCAAUAUGUGCCCUGAUGAAUUCUGGUGGGGGAGUGGUCAAGGCUGAGAUUGAGAACAAAGAUUACAAUUAUGAAAUUCAUGGAGUAGGGUUGCAGCUGCCUUCCAUUUUCAAUGGCUAUUUAGAUGAGAUGCAGCAGGGAGACAUCUUUUUGAUUUUUGUGAAAUCAUGGAACGCAGAGGCCUCUGGUGUACGGCUUGCUACCUUGUGCUCUAACUUGUACUACAGACAUAGAACAUCUACCAAUGUCAUGAAUUCUCACGAAGCACUGGCAUUCCUCAAAAAGAAGACUCGGACUUUUAUGAAUAUUAAUGAUUCCGAUUUAAAUCCACAGAAAGUUCGGGUUGGUGUACAAAAUGAAGGUAACAUAAAGGCCUCAGCUGCUGCUUUAUUUGACAGAGCUCACCUUCAGUACGAGGAAAAGCUCAACUUUACUAGUUCCACUCAUGUUGAAUUUAAAAUGUUGUCAACAGAGGUGUCACAAUGCUUUGAAGAGAGUCUCCCCAGUUGUGUUUCUGCGUUUGCAAACACUGAAGGAGGGUUUGUAUUUUUUGGUGUGUGUGAUGAGACCCAUCGAGUCAUUGGAUGUAAAAAUGAGAGACUAGAUCUUACUGCCUUGAGGGCUUCUAUUGAUCACUCUAUUAAGAAAUUACCUGUCCAUCAUUUCUGUACACAGAGGCGUGAGAUAAAAUAUGCCGUCAAAUUCCUUGAAGUGCACAAUCAGGGUGCCCUCCAUGGAUAUGUCUGUGCUGUCAAGGUGGAACCAUUCUGCUGUGCAGUGUUUGCUAAAGUGCCUAGUUCCUGGCAGGUGAAGGACAAUCGUGUGACACAGCUGCGCACAAAGGAAUGGGUAGCUUGGAUGACGGAAGCCGACCCAGAUCUUUCCAGAUUUUCUGAGAUGGUCCUUGCGCUGAGCUUGUCAACCACGACACCCUGCAGCAGGAGUGUGUGCAUUCAUAAGAAUUUGGAAUGUCUGGAAGAACAGCAAAAACGUUACUUUCCAGUAUUUUCAGACAGAGUGGUGUAUACUCCAGACAGCCUCUACAAAGAAUUGAUCUCACAACAUAAAGGACUCAGAGACUUAAUCAAUAGAGAAAUGCGCUCUGUCUCUCGAGGAAUCUUGAUUUUUUCUCAAAGCUGGGCUGUGGACUUGGGUCUGCCAGAGAAGCAGGGAGUAAUCUGCGAUGCUCUUCUACUUUCCCAGAACAACAUCCCGCUCCUCUACACCAUCCUCAGUGAGUGCGAUGAGGGCUGGAAGGACUAUUCUCUGCGAGUCGCCUGUUCCUUAAAGCUGAAGCUGGUGAACACAGGUGGCUACACUGGGAAACUGUGCAUCACUCCCUUGGUCUUCCUGUUGAAUCCUGAUAGAACCGCAAACGCCCUUCAUGGUUCUGAUUUGCAAAUUUACCCCGAGUCCUACAACCUUACGACCACCCAGCACAUGGAAGCUCUGUUACAGUCCCUUGUGAUAGUCCUGUGUGGGUUCAGAUCUUUCUUAAGUGAAGAGCUGGGCUCUGAGGUUUUGAACCUACUCACAGAUAAACAGUAUGAGUUGCUUUCAAAGAACCUUCGCAAGACCAGAGAGCUGUUUGUUCACGGCUUACCUGGAUCAGGGAAGACCAUCCUGGCUCUUAGGAUCAUGGAGAAGAUCAGGAAUGUGUUUGGCUGUCAACCAGGUGACAUUCUCUACGUCUGUGAGAACCAGCCCCUGAUGAAGUUUGUGAGCAAGAAAAAUAUCUGCCAGGCAGUGACCCGGAAAACCUUCAUGAAAAAUAACUUUGAAAGGACUCAACACAUCAUCAUCGAUGAAGCUCAGAAUUUCCGCACUGAAGAUGGGGACUGGUAUGAGAAGGCAAGAACGAUCACUUGGAGAGAAAACGGUAACCGAGGAAUUCUCUGGAUCUUUCUGGACUACUUUCAGACCAGCCACUUGAGUUGCAAUGGCCUCCCCAGUUUCUUAGACCAGGAUCCAAAAGAAGAGCUCACCAGAGUGGUCCGCAAUGCAGAUCCAAUAGCCAACUACCUACAAAAAGUAAUGCAGGAGGUCACAGAAAAUCCUCCACCUAACAUCCCCCCUGCAUGCCUGGAGAUGGUCCAUGAAGCUAAAUGGGUUCAGGGUGUCCCAGGCAAUUUCCAGAUUGUGGAGUGCUCGGACUUGGAGGAGAUGGUGGUCCAGCUAGCAGAGAGGUGCCAGUUUCUCUUGAGGAAUGGUUAUUUCCCCAAGGAUAUUGCUAUGCUUUGCAGCAAAGCAAGUGAAGUGGAAAUAUAUAAAGAGAAGCUUCUAAGAGCAAUGAGGAGGAGAAGAAUGUCUCAGCUCGAUGAGGGAAAUGAUCUGUUAGUUUGGAUCAAGGACGCAACAGAUAUCGCCGGCAAUCACAUUGUGUUGGACAGUGUCCGUCGGUUUUCAGGUCUGGAAAGAAACAUCGUGUUUGGCAUCAAUCCAGUGGCAGCUGAGCCAGCUGUUUUCCACAAUCUUCUGCUCUGUCUGGCGUCCAGGGCAAGGAAACAUCUGUAUAUUCUGAAGGUUUCUAUCUGACAAGAAGAUCCCGGUCUAAGAAACAAUUAGGUAGCUCUCAUCUCUAGUUAACUGUGAAGCUAUUGGAUCUAAACAUUUAAUCAUCAAAUAUUUAAUGGCACUCAUUGUGAGCCAUAUACUCUUCUAGAUGCUGGGGGUUGGGGAUAGCAAACAAGACAGACGAGUUUCCUUCUUUGGAGCAGAGGCAGAUCACAGACAAGUAAACAAAUACAAGGAAUUUUAGAUAGUAAUAAGAGACAUCAUAGUAGUAAUUAGAGGCCCUGAGAUGCAGAGAUUGUGUGUGUGUGUCUGUGUG